AUGGCGGCAAGACUACAUAUGGUCUUGGAGACCACUAUAGCGCUCUCAGAGCAAUUUAACCUGGCUCUUUCUUCUCCAGCUGCCGCUGAUUCCACGUCUUCCGCCCCCGACCACCAGCCUUCCCCGCUACCCCUCCUCUCCGCGUCCGCUCAGAACCUCAAGGCGCAAACCGCGAAGUUGUCACUGCUCGCUAUCAACACUCCGUUCACCCCGUCUGCCCUAGUCACUGUACUUUCAAACAUAAACGAUUCUGUGCUCCCAUCCCUCGUCACCGCGACAUUAAUUUCUACCCCGGAAAAAUACACUCGGACCUUUCGCCGCGAAGCGGAGGCGCUGGUUAAAGACGCGUUGCGGGAAUUAACCGCUCUAGUCCAUGAUAUCCAGCUUAUUGCGACAAAUUAUGAUAAAAAGCAAGGGUUUAAGUUGAGCGAUGAGGAGAAAAAUGAGGUUACCAUUGCGACGGGGAGAGUCUGGAGUGUGUGCGAUCAGGUCGUCGAUCUUGUGGCGGGCGGGGUCGUCGGUUUAGUUAUCAAGAAAGCGAAGGAGUAUUUGGAAUUGAUUCAAGACGGCCUACGAGAAUUGAAGGAGUGGGACCCAGAAGAUGACUUGGAUGAUGACGAUGGGCUGUGGGGAGACGAAUUUGGCAGCCAGGACGACUCGGGGCCAAACCGUGGUACACUCGAAAAGAGCGCAGUCAUUGAAAAUGGCGAUGGCGAUGAGGAAACUGAGGAUGAAGACUCGGGAAACCAACGCGUCAAGCUCGAUGAGGAAAAGAAAUAUCUUCUCCGCCUGUUCACGCUGACCUCCCAGUUAUUUUCGGCCAUCAUAUCCUACCGCCUCAAAAAGAUGGACGAAACACUUAUUCUUGCCGGAUCGUCGAAUAGGCUUGACGCUCUCACGUCUUGCUUGCAGGACCUGCCGAGCCUCGUGGAUGAGGCCGCCGGGUCGUUGUAUGAGCAUAACAUAGAAUUCGCUGAUGCGUAUAGCCUAAAGCUGCGCGAUCGGGCCUCCGAAGCUGCGGAGAUGCUAUGUGAGCCUUGGGUACAAGGAGAUAUGAGCGACACGUCAAAACAGGGCGAUGCGCCUAAAGGGACGGAAGACAAAUUCUCGAAAUGGGCGGCCGUGUUCUUAAGAGUAGUGGAAGAUCUUGGGAAGGACAAGGAACAAUAG